AUGAUCUCCUACAGCUCAAGGACUAUCCACCGCGAUGCCGACCACCAUGAGCCACCACCGGUGCAGCAUGAUACCCUCGACGACCGCGAUCAAACUGGCUUGACGACAGCGGCCCAUGAAGCCGAGCGAACCGAGCCUGGUUCCACCGCAGUCACAGUGCAGACACCAUGGCCAAAGCGUUUAGAGGAACUCGCACGCCACGCAGUCACCUCGCCCAGCCGGGAUCUGGAUCGAGAGACCGCGCAAAGUAUACACCACCACCUGGACGCGCUAGCAGGCAUUCUGGGUCACCCACCACGGGUACUGGCGCAGGCAGUUGAGCGGUCUCACAGCAGAAGUGUACGAUCGGAAUUAGUUGGAUCGGACGUAUCUGGGACGAAAGAGCCCAUACAGGAGGAGCCUGUCCCGGCUAAAUUGGACGAGACGGACCGUAUAAAUAAGUCAGAAAUAGUCGACCAACUGCAACUUCUUCUGAACGAAGUUACUGCAUUGAAUGGGGAGGUUGAGAAGCGGCGCAAAGAAUCCAAUGAGAUUCGAGAGUUGUUCGAAGAGAGAUGUCGUGGAUUGACACGCACAGUCGCAGAAUUGGAAGACGAGGUACUCGAGCUGCAAGGAGAUCUCGUGGAAGACUCGAUCGAGUUAGAGGGUAUUCAAGGCACCAUCCGAGGGCUUCAGGAUUGGAUCUAUGGGAUGCGUGAAGCACAGAAGAUGCCCCGAAUAGCAAAGGAGCGGUCGCGAUUGAAGGCCCGGCGGCGAUGGGGCGGACGGGGAAGCAGCGAAGACCGCGUGGAGACGGAUGGCGAGGUCAUGUUGGAUGGUCUCACCGCAUGGAUGCGCGGUUGGAAAGAUGUCGAAGAAGGGUUUCAGAUGCGAUCGCGAGCGCGACAGACGCGGAGAGAACAGAGACAAGGACACCUCGCGCGGUCGAGAAAGAAGGGCGCCGACUAG